CCUCUGGCAGAGGGCGGGGGAGAAAAGGAGGCCUGGGCAGCCCAGCCCCACUGUGGGAUCAGGGCUGUGAGCACCAUGGCCUGGACUCCUCUGCUUCUGGCGCUCCUCUCUCACUGCACAGGGUCCCUCUCCCAGCAGCUUGUGCUGACCCAGCCGCCCUCCCUCUCUGCCUCUCUGGGAUCCACAAUCACAAUUACCUGCACCCUGAGUAGUGGCUUCAAUGUUGGCGGUUACCAUAUUCGCUGGUACCAGCAGAAGCCAGGGAGCCCUCCCCGGUAUCUCCUGGCAUAUAAAUCAGACUCAGAUAAGCACCAGGGCUCCGGGGUCCCCAGCCGCUUCUCUGGAUCCAAAGACGCCUCGGCCAAUGCGGGGCUCCUGACCAUCUCGGGGCUGCAGCCUGAGGACGAGGCUGACUAUUACUGCAAUGUAGAUAUUGGCGGUUCGAGCAGCUACUAUUACCCACAGUGUCUCAGAGAACGAGGAAGUGAGACAAAAACCCCUGGCCCCGAGGCGGUGGCUCUGAGCCUCCUUCAGCGAGGAGCGUCUGGGGCCUCUGUCGGUGGCUCCUCUGCAGGGACCUGUGUCCCGGGAGGAGGGAGGUCACACUCGGUGGAGCAGCAGCACAGGCCUCCCAGGAGCACCGGGAGGUCAGGGAGCCCCGCCCUCCACCCCGUGUCGGGGAUUCUAAGAAGGAACAUUCCUGGUCAGUCUCAGCUCCUCCCUCCUGUGUGUGCUCUGCUGCUCCCCCCGCUCUCCCCUCCGGGCCCUUCUGGGCCCCAAUGUGUGGGGAGUGGCUCCCCGACAGCAGUUCUCUGACCCCAGCUGAUGCCC